AUGUUUAUCGAACCAACCGAGAAUAACAAUGCCUCAUCUGGUUCUCCUUCCUCUACCACAGGGUUUGAUCCGGGAAUACCAUGUGGCGAGGAUAACCAGUCAGUUGAGCUGCCUCCUUUUCCCAAGUUCUUCAACCUCACUUUUAUGGACUCCGAAUUCUUCAAAAUCUCUUUUGUUGACGAGUUUUCUGUUCGAUUUAGUCUAACUGUUGGCCAACCGCAAUCCCAUGAUCUCGCCCUUUUGAUUCGGGCCUACUUAGCUCUUGAUCCUAGAGCUCGUAAAGUUGCCAUUCUUUUCCGAAGAUUCUGUAGAGUGAGUUUUUUUUAA